AUGGCAAAGGGACUGUGCGCACUCCUAUGGCUUCAGAAACUGAUGACAGAACUCAGUCACUCACACGAUCACAUCAAACAUAUUGAGGUGGAUUGUCACUUUAUUAAGCAGAACUUGGAUUCCAGGGUGAUUCAGUUUCCAUUCAUGAAAUCCGAAGACCAACUAGUAGAUAUAUUGAUCAAGGCUUACAGCACACUAGACAAGUUGAGCAUGCAAGAUAUCUACGCGCCACUUAAGGGAAUGGAUGGGUUGAAGGACGAGGAUCAUCGAAAUUUGAUUGGAGGUGUGGUGGGUGAGGUGCAACAACAUUUUCCCGAUGCUUCUUUCAUGGUGUUCAAUUUUGGUGAUCAAGAGAGCCAAAGCCAAAUACCUGAACUGUUGUCUGAUAUGCCUGUCAUGAACUACCCGAUUCAUCAUGGUGAUUGCCCCAUUCUUGCCAUGGAGAUUAUCCAUCACUUCCUCAGAGCUGCUGAUGGCUGGUUAUCACUUGAUGAGCAUAAAAACAUGCUGUUGGUGCAUUGUGAAAGAGGUGGAUGGCCAGUUCUGGCGUUCAUGUUGGCUGCUCUUCUGUUAUAUAGGAAGGAGUCCAAUGGUGAAGAGGAAACACUCCACUUGAUUUACAACAAAGCUCCUUCCGAUCUCUUGCGUCUAAUUUCUCCUUUGAAUCCAUUGCCCUCACAGCUGAGAUACCUCCACUAUAUAGCCACAUCAAACGUGCACUCAGAGGGGUGCCUACGAUAUAAGUCUCUUACUUUAGAUAGUGUGAUACUGAGGUUCAUUCCUUGUCUGGAUGCUGAAGUGGGAUGCCAUCUUAUGUUUAACAUAUCUGGUCGGGACCCCCAUAACCUUACAGAUAAAACUCCCACAGUCCUGUUCUCAGCGCCCGAAAGGGGCAAAGAUAUCAAGCAGUACAAGCAGGCAGACCACAAACUGGUUAAAGUGGACAUCCAUUGCCCCGUUCAAGGCGAUGUUGUGCUCGAGUGUAUGAGAGUAAGGGCUGGUCUUGAACAUGGAGAAACGUUGUUCCGUGUCAUGUUUAAUACAGCAUACCUAUUAGAAAAUAAUCUGAUGCUAGGGCUUGAUCAAAUGGAUGUCACAUGGGAUCGCCAGAAUCAGUAUUCCAGGGCAUUUAGUGCAGAGAUUACUUUCUUGGAAAUGAAUCCUGCUGCUUCCUAG